AUGAAUAAAGAAGAAAAUUCCUCCGAAACACGACCAUCUUCCCAAGAACUCCACAGUCCGCAGCGGCAUUGCUACACUCCGCCGCCGGUGCCGAUGCACGGACAGGCGCCUCCAGCGUCGUCGUCGGGCGUGGCACCGCCCACACCGCAACCUCCCUCCCAUCCCGCCGCCCCGAAUGUGCCCGCUGGUCGGCUGCUGAGCUGGAACCACAGUGCCGCUGCAGCGGCUGCGGCGGCGGCGGCGGCCCAAGCGGCAGCCAACUCCAUGAACCACUCGUCGGGGGCGGAGGGUUCGGCGAUGACCCGGAUUAAGGGUCAGAACCUGGGCCUCAUCUGUGUGGUGUGCGGCGACACCAGCUCGGGAAAGCACUACGGAAUCCUGGCCUGCAACGGCUGCUCCGGAUUCUUCAAGCGCAGCGUGCGGCGGAAACUCAUUUAUCGCUGCCAGGCGGGCACCGGACGCUGUGUGGUGGACAAGGCCCAUCGGAAUCAAUGCCAGGCCUGCAGGCUCAAGAAGUGCCUUCAAAUGGGAAUGAACAAGGACGCCGUGCAAAAUGAGCGACAGCCCCGCAACACGGCCACUAUACGGCCGGAGACUCUGCGGGAGAUGGAACACGGACGGGCGCUGCGAGAGGCCGCCGUGGCCGUCGGGGUUUUCGGACCACCCGUGCUACUGUCUCCGCCCUGCUACGGCUCCGGACUCCUGCCCCCGCCCUCACUGGGCAGCCUGCCGACGGGACGACUGCUGCACCACAACCACCUCACCUCCUCCAUGCAACUGGCUGCGAACCACAUGGGCGCCGGCAGCUUUCCCAUGUUCAAUGCCUCCGGCGUGCACCACUCGCCCAAGGAGAAGGCCUACGGCAUGGAGAUGGUCAGCAGUGGCAAUGUCUCCCACUCCACCAACUCGAGCAGCAACCACUCCAUCGACCCGAGCUCACCGGCGCCGGAGAACGGCAAGGAGAAGAACAACGCCGGCGGCAGCGUCUCCUCCAUCAGCUCCUCCAGUCCCACAAUGGAAAAUGACAAUGAUGACGACUCCAUAGAUGUAACCAAUGACAACGAGGAGCCGCAUGCGGUCAGCAGAUCGGACUCCAGCUUCAUCAUGCCGCAGUUCAUGUCGCCCAAUCUGUACACCCAUCAACAUGAAACGGUUUAUGAGACGAGUGCCCGGCUGCUCUUCAUGGCCGUCAAGUGGGCCAAGAACCUGCCCAGCUUUGCGAGGCUCUCCUUUCGGGAUCAGGUAAUUUUGCUGGAGGAGUCCUGGUCGGAGCUCUUCCUGCUGAACGCCAUCCAAUGGUGCAUUCCCCUGGAUCCCACCGGCUGCGCGCUCUUCUCGGUGGCGGAGCACUGCAAUAAUCUGGAGAACAACGCCAAUGGCGACACUUGCACAACCAAGGAGGAGCUGGCGGCGGAUGUGCGAACGCUGCACGAGAUCUUCUGCAAAUACAAGGCGGUGCUGGUUGAUCCUGCUGAGUUCGCCUGCCUCAAGGCGAUAGUUCUGUUCCGGCCGGAAACGCGCGGACUUAAAGAUCCAGCGCAGAUUGAGAAUCUUCAGGAUCAGGCGCACGUGAUGUUGUCGCAGCACACAAAGACGCAGUUCACCGCCCAGAUAGCCAGAUUCGGACGACUCCUUCUCAUGCUGCCGCUGCUGCGCAUCAUCAGCUCCCACAAGAUUGAGUCCAUCUAUUUUCAGCGCACGAUUGGGAACACGCCCAUGGAGAAGGUGCUCUGCGACAUGUAUAAGAACUAG